UUAUGACCAUUAUAUUUUAUAUUUUCCCCAUAGUCAAGAGGCCAACAAUAUCUCUUAGCCAAGAGAAGUAGGUUGGAGAAAUAUGCAUACACAUUGUAAAAAACAUGAAACCUGAAAUAUUCAAUGGCCAUAAAGCUUACUUUUAUAUAUACUUAAUAUAAAGAAAACGCGAAGUCCAAAUCAAAUUACACUAGCAUUUAAUUGCUGGUCAAGAAAUGCCCUUUGCUCACACACGCACACACACCUAUAUAUACAUACACACAUGCCCUUCAUCUCAUAACUCAACAACUCAUUUUACAAAGCCAAAAUUCUCAAAGAGAGAGAGAGACACUAAGACUUAGAGAGAGAAGCAAUAAAGUGAAGUGUUAAAGAUCGAUAUGGAGAAAAAGCUUCUGAUCGUGUUAUUCACCAUCUUAUUGGUGCAUAUGUCUUUGAUUAUUUCUGGAGUUGAUUGCAGAGCUCUGAGAACAGAGCAGAUGAACGGCUGUGAUCAAAUGGCCGCCGUAGACGGCGGUGGUUUUAGCUUUUUCUCAGCGGCUGGUGCUGCGAACAGCUCGAGGAUUCCUUUGAUGAGGAGCUUGGCUUUCCGAUUAGCGUCUGGACCGAGCAAGAGAGGCCGUGGACACUAAUUAACGUUAAUACUUAUUUUUCUUUUUUUCUUUUUUUUCCUUCGCAACUUAUGUGAAGAUUUGUGUAGUUUUUCUUCUCAAAAGGAAAAAAAAACAAUUGUUUGAUUCAUGUGCAAUGUAAUCACUAAUCAGAGGCGUAGUUAUGGCUUUUUGUUUGCACAAGUCGUUACAUGUAAAGGUUUGCUUUUCUAUAAUGGAUACAAAAGACUAUAGUUUAAUCACU